GCGACGGGUCAGGCAAGUCCUGGACUCGGGCUCCGGUGCUGCGGUGCCCGAGGGCCGAAGCGGAAGUGGGGCGGCCACAUCUGGCAGCGAGGGUGAGGGCGUAGGGACGAGGAUUACGGGGUGACGAGCAAGGGGCGCGGAGCUCCUGGAAGGGCGCGUGCGCGAGUAGGGAGACACCCCGCGCCCGCCCUCCCAGGGGAGGAAGAGGCAGGCGGGGCAAGGCCGGACACGGGGGCUGGUUGUCCGGGCAUCCAGCCUAGAAGAUGCACAAGAGGAAGGGUCCCCCAGGCCCCCCAGGCCGAGGAGCCGCCGCAGCCCGCCAGCUGGGCCUGCUGGUCGACCUCUCCCCUGAAGGGCUGAUGAUGCCCGAGGAUGGAGUCAACGAUGAGGAACUGGAGGCUGAGUUCUUGGCCUUGGUGGGGGGCCAGCCCCCAGCCCUGGAGAAGCUCAAGGGCAAAGGGCCCCUGCCCAUGGAGACCAUUGAGAAGAUGGCCAGUCUGUGCAUGAGAGACCUGGACGAGGAGGAGACGGAUGAGGAUGAUGUCGAGGCUGAUGACGACCUGCUGGCGGAACUGAACGAGGUCCUUGGAGAGGAACAGAAGGCUAUGGACUCCCAGCCUCCUUCAGCCCAGCCGAAGCCCGCAGCAGUCCCCAGCGCAGGACUGGAGUCCACCCUGCAGGAAAGGCUGGCCCUCUACCAGGCAGCCCUCGACAGCGCCCGCCAGGCUGGGGAUGGCGCCAAGGUGCGGCGCUAUGACCGGGGCCGCCAGACGCUCGAAAGCUUGCUGGCCUCUGCCCGGAAGGGCAGCGCCAUUGAUGAAGAGGACAUCCCACCUCCCGUGGCUGUGGGCAGGGGCCUGGCCACCCCCCCCAGCCACAUGCCCAUGUCCACCCAGCCGGCCCCUGCAAAUCCGCCAGCCCCAGAGCCCAGGGUGACCAUGCAGCGUCCGCCUCCCACAACCCCGGCCUCGGCCCCGGGCUCAGCUAAGCCCCAGCUGCCCCCAGUUUACCAGAGCUUCGAUGCCGUCUUGGAGGCCCUGAGCCGGGGGGAGCCCGUGGACCUGUCUCGCCUGCCACCUCCACCUGAUCAGCUGUCAGCAGAUGCACCGUCACCCCCGCCACAGCCUCUGGCUCCCACCACAGCGCCUAGCACCCCAGAGGUGCCGCCACCCCCGAGGAGCCUCCUGGAGGCGCUGGAGCAGCGGAUGGAGCGGUACCACGUGGCUGCAGCCCAGGCCAAGGCCAAAGGGGACCAGCGGAAGGCUCGCAUGCAUGAGCGCAUUGUUAAGCAAUACCAAGAUGCGAUCCGAGCCCACAAGGCCGGCCGAGCCGUGGAGGUGGCAGAGCUGCCCGUACCCCCAGGCUUUCCCCCCAUCCAGGGUCUGGAGGCCACCGAGCCCACCCAGCAGAGCCUGGUGGGUGUCCUGGAAACCGCCAUGAAGCUGGCCAAUCAGGAUGAGGGCCCAGAAGACGAAGAGGAUGAGGAGCCUAAGAAGUCCCCCAGCCCUGCAGGCCUUACAACGGCCCAGUCCAAAGCUCCAGCCUCAAGGCCACCUGCAUCAGGAUCGGCCCCAGCAGCCAAGGCAGUGCCCAAGGGCACGUCCACCAGAGCCCAGCAGCAGCUGGCCUUCCUGGAGAACCGUAAGAAACAGCUCCUGCAGGCUGCGCUGCGAGCCAAGCAGAAGAACGACGUGGAGGGCGCCAAGAUGCACCUGCGCCAGGCCAAGGGGCUGGAGCCCAUGCUGGAUGCUUCUCGAAAUGGGCUACCUGUGGACAUUGCCAAGGUCCCACCCGCCCCAGUCAACAAGGACGACUUCGCCCUGGUCCAGCGGCCUGGCCCGGGUCUGUCUCAGGAGGCUGCGAGGCGCUAUGGUGAGCUCACGAAGCUGAUACGGCAGCAGCAUGAGAUGUGCCUAAACCACUCUAACCAGUUCACCCACCUGGGCAACAUCGCGGAGACCACCAAGUUCGAGAGGCUGGCCGAGGACUGUAAGCGGAGCAUGGAGACAUUGAAGCAGGCCUUCGCCCGGGGCCUCCCCACACCUGCUGCCCGCUUUGAGCAGAGGACCUUCAGCGUCAUCAAGGUCUUUCCUGACCUCAGCAGCAACGACAUGCUCCUGUUUGUUGUGAAGGCCGUCAACCUGCCCACGCCCGCAGGGCUCUCCCCCGGAGACCUGGAUGUCUUCGUCCGCUUUGACUUCCCUUACCCCAACGUGGAAGAAGCUCAGAAAGACAAGACCAGUGUGAUCAAGAACACAGAUUCCCCAGAAUUCAAGGAGCAGUUCAAACUCUGCAUCAACCGCACCCACCGUGGCUUCCGAAGGGCCAUCCAGACCAAAGGCAUCAAGUUCGAAGUGGUCCACAAAGGGGGGCUGUUUAAGAAUGAUCGUGUCUUGGGCACAGCCCAGCUGAAAUUGGACUCCCUAGAGACUGCAUGUGAGGUCCGAGAGGUCCUUGAGGUUCUGGAUGGCCGCCGGCCCACAGGGGGCCGGCUAGAGGUGAUGGUCCGGAUUCGGGAGCCACUGACAGCCCAGCAGUUGGAGACGACAACUGAGAGGUGGCUGGUCAUCGACCCCGUGCCAGUGGUUGCCCCCACGCAGGUCACUGGGCCCAAAGGGAAAGCCCCUCCUGUGCCUGCUUCUGCGAGGGAGCCAGGGAACAGAACAGCCCGGCCCCUGCACAGCCUCAGCGUGCUGGCCUUUGACCAAGAGCGGUUAGAGCGGAAGAUCCUGGCCCUGAGGCAGGCGCGGCGGCCGGUGCCCCCAGAGGUGGCCCAGCAGUACCAGGACAUCAUGCAGCGCAGCCAGUGGCAGAGGGCCCAGCUGGAGCAGGGGGGCAUGGGCAUCCGGCGGGAGUACAUCACUCAGCUGGAGCGGCAGCUGCAGUUCUACACGGAGGCUGCCCGGCGGCUGGGCAACGAUGGCAGCAGGGAGGCCGCAAAGGAGGCGCUUUACAGGCGGAACCUGGUGGAGAACGAGCUGCAGCGGCUCCGCAGGUGAGGGCCUCCACUGGGCAGCCACACCGAGGGAGCAGCCAGGUAGCUGGCAGGAGCGGCUGUGGCCCCGACGGAGGGAGUGCACAAUCAGCGGACAAUCACUCGGGACCCGGAAGCAGGGCUAUCCCCUGCGGGGCGGACCCAGGCCCUGUGUGCAGAGCCUCCCUGGAGGGGCGAGGGCAGCCUGAGGGCAGGCCUGGCUGGGUGGGCCUGGUGGACCCCGUUUGCACAGUCUGGGUUGCCUGGGCCCUGGCCUGCCCUGAGGUGGGAAGUGGCAGGACCAACCCUGGGGCCCUGCAAGCACUUUACUCCCUGUCCCUCCCCUGCCUUAACCCCA